GUGGAUUAGAAUCUCGGUCGAGGUCCACCCACUCCAUCCACGCACGAGAACGACGGUCCAAUCGGCAUCAUGAGCAAUCCCAUUGUGAUUCAGCCAGACGAUAGCUGUGAUCAUCUCCUUGAAGAGCCCAGAGUGCUCAGCACGAGAUCGGAUCACUUGGAUGCCUUGGAUCAGUCGGAUGCUUCGAGAACCACAUUCCAUUGUGGACAAAGUCGGACAAUCUUUGGGUCUCGAAUUGCAGUGCGAGCUCAUCGCAAGAAUCGCAAGAUGAACACAUGUCGGAAAAAAUAGGUAACAAAGAAGUAUGGGCAUUUUUUAUCAUUCACAAUCAUUCAUUCAUCAAGCAGAUCAUUGGACGGCAAACUAACGCCAUCCAACUUGGCCACCUUCCAUUGAAAGAAGAAGAACAAAUGCCCAAUCCAUAUAUAGGCCAUGACGGGAAGGCCUCCGAAGUGAGAAACGUCUCCUCCUUAUUGGUCGAUCCAUCCUUCCAUGGUUUUAAUUAUGGGAGGAAAUUUGACAUGUCUUCAAUGUCAAAGGACAUUGCGGACAAAGUAAUUGAAACGUCGGGAUAUUUCCUGCUAACUUAUGCCACCCUGACAUGAUUCAAAGAUUCCAUGAUCAUCCUACAAUUAUAUCGAUUGACGGCACUCAUGGCACCAAUGCGGCUAAAUAUGUUUUGAUCUCCAUCUUGGUGUUUGAUCGUGGGGAGGGGAGCCCAGUGUUUCAGGCUCUGGUUGAGAACGAAAACCAAAUCGUUCUUUCGGCGGCUUUGACAGUUCUGAAAUCCAUUGCUCCAGAGGCUUGUGGAAAAGUAAGGGCCCUAAUUAGCGACACAAGCCACACCUUCAUCAAUUUUUGGCGGGAGGUCGUUCACAACAUGUGGUAUGGAGUGUAUGCCACUGGCAUUUGGAGAAAAACUGGGCCAGAAAAAUUCGAAACGCCGAUAUGUUUAAAGACAUCAAAAGCCUUAGACAAGUGGCUGAACUUACCCUGUUUAACCAAAAACUUUUGAAUAUUCAAUCAAAAUAGGCAAGUUUAUUGAUACAAUUCCCGUUCAAAUUUUCUCAGACAAUGAACUAUUUCAGGAAGCUUCUGAUGAAAGUGCGGCAUGGACUUAUUUCAUUACGAACUAUGGUCCAGACGGACGUCAAGCCCCCUUAAACGCCUGGGCCAGACCAGCUACGCUCGGUGCUCCUCCACAAAACCUUCACGUAGAACGUUAUCACCGGACCAUCAAGGGUGUCUUCAAGCCGAAUUUGAACAUUGCCCGCUUUUGCCUUGCGUUAAAGCAAGUAAAAAAGGGAUUUAUUCGGAAAUACAUCAUGUCCAAGGAGGGGAUAAGGGGUGUUGGCUUAUCAAAAUUGAUGAGCGAUUUCAACCAGUGCCACCCAAGUGAAUCCGAGCACGACCAUUAUAUUAUCGAGCGGAUUGAUUGAAAUUGCGUCCAAGUCGUCCUUCAGAGAUCCACAUCAGAACAAUGCCUCUCUUACACCAUGCAAAGAAUAGAUUCUCUUGUAAUGCUGCUUUGUGCUUGGUCCGAUGUGAGCGUUGCCCCAAAGACGCACUAUGUGCACAUGAAUAUAUAUGUACUUGCCCCCGAUACGCCUACAGCAAUAUCUGCAAGCACAUUCACAUUUUGGCAAUAAUGGACGUGAACGGCGCUUCUUGUGAAAACAUCCAUCCCGUGGAUGAAGUCGACUCUUUGAGCGAGGAACAUUCCAAUACAGCGGGAAAACGUUCCGAAACGGGAGAGAAGGUUGGAGUGGUCAAUGUGCAGUCGGCAAAAGACAAGGAUGGAAACAAUUUUGAAAUGACAGGAAAAACGGCAUCUUUCCUGGCCGAAUGUGACAAGGUUGAUGCAGCUAUGCGCGAGAUCAGAAACGUGGUGAAAUCCAAUGACUAUCCUCUACAGGAGAAGACCAUGUUUAUGGAAUCCUUCAAAAAACCCUUCGCCGAUCUCGUCAAUACCCCACGCUUUCUCAAUCCAAUCUCAUUUCUAAGAUUGGACUGCAAGAGGGUUCACGA